AUGUUUUCGUCGUCGCAAUCGACGGCGGUGCAGCUGGUGGAUAAGGCGACGAGCGACCUGCUGGCGAGCCCUGAUUGGACGCUCAACAUGCAGCUCUGCGACCUGCUCAACGCCAGCUCCGGGCAAGUGAAGGACGUGGUGAGGGCAGUGAGGAAGCGCAUCGGCAGCAAGAACAGGAAGACACAGCUCCUCGCGCUCACUCUCCUGGAGACGCUGAUAAAGAACUGCACGGCCUACGUGCACCGCGUGGUGGCUGAAAAAGACGUGCCUGCGGAGAUGGCCAAGAUCGCCCGCAAGAAGUGCGACGAGGAGGUGCGCGUGCGCAUACUGGAGCUGCUGGACGUGUGGCAGGAGGCGUUCGGAGGGGCAGGUGGACGGCCCGUGCAGUUCUUCCUGGCGUAUGACGAGCUCAAGCGCAUGGGCUUUCCCUUCCCCCCGCGCGACCCCAACCGAGUGGUACCGGUCUUCACCCCACCCCAGACACAACCCACCGCUGCUCCCUUCAGCCACGCCCCUCCCCAGACGUACCCUCCCCAGUCGUACCCGCCCCAGACGUACACGACCCGGGGCUAUGACGGGCGGCCUGUGGUGAUGGGGUACCCUGUGGGGAGUGCGGGGGCAGGGGGCGCGGGGAGGGGGGAGGAGGAGAUUCCUCCGCAUGUGCUGCAGGCAACGACUGCAACAACCAUGACGGCGGCCGACCUGGUGAAUGCGCGCAACACGGUGGAUCUUCUGGGGGAGAUGCUCGCAACACUGGAUGCCAAUAACCCUGCGGCGGCCAGUGACGAGGUGAUAAGCGACCUGGUGGAGCAGACCCGCACGCUGCAGCAGCAGCUCACAGCCGCACUCAACACAUCCACCGACGAGCAGUUUCUAUUCCAGGGCCUGGCGCUGAACGACGACAUGCAGAAGCACCUCGACCGCCACAGCGCCCUGCUCGCCUCCUCGCUGCACCGCGGGGGAGACGGCCGCCACAGCGACAGCAGCAGCGGCGGGGCCUCCCCUCCCCACACGGGGGCCUACCAGUCCUAUCCCGGUCAGAACGAGGGCCAAGGCGGGGGUGAAGGCGGGGGUGGGGUGGUGAACCGCGGGCAGCAGUAUGAUGAGUGGGCGGCGCGGGUGACUGCCGGGCUGCCCCUGGCUCGGUUUGAGAGCGACAAGACAGAGGAGGAGGAUGGGGAGGGCGGGCUGAGAAGGUCCCACGAGGCACAGGCCUCUGCCUCUGCUGCUGCUGCAGGCCCGUCCUCUUCCCAACCAGCACAGACACAGACUGCCUCAGCAGGUCAAGCAGGGCAGCCCCCGCAACAAUCUCUGGUGGCAGCACGAGCUGCCGCUGCCGCUGCAGCAGCAGCGCCUGCCACGGUCGUCCCUCCUCCCACCCAGGACCUGCUCAGCCUCGACCUUGUUUCAAUCACCCCUCCUCCCCAACCCCACCCCCCCACCUUCGCUUCCAAUGCUCCUGCUGCCUCCUCUUCUCCCUUUGACUCGCCUUUUGACGAGCCGCCGUUCCAAGCCACUGCUGCCCCUGGCCCAUCUGGUGGUGCUGCUGCUCCGUAUGCGUUCAAGUCCUCCUUCCAGCAACCACAGUAUCAGCAGCAACCGCAGUACCAGCAGCAGCCACAGCAAGGGUAUGGCGGCGCAGGGGUGUAUGGCGGCAUGGGAGGAGGCAUGGGAGGAGGUUUGGGCGGUGGGAUGGGCAGGGGUAUGGGAGGGGGCAUGGGUGGUGCGUAUGGGACCGGGACGGUUGUGCCAGGAGGCCCGAACCAGCCUGCUUCAUAUGUUGUGCCCUGGGCUCGUGCUCCUCAAAGUGCCAGCCCCCAUCAACAGCAGAAUAACCAGCAGCAGCAGCAGCAGCAGCAGAGUCCAGGGGGGGCUGCCUUGAGUCCGCAGCAGCAGGCAAUGCUCUUCGGUGGUAACCCGCCCCCCAUGAACCUGUCACAGCAGGGAGGAGCGCCCUCGAGUGGAGGGAUGGGUAUGGGCUUGAGCAAUUAUGGAUCGAACCCCACUUACCCCUACCACCAACAGCAGCAGCAGCAGCAUCAGCAGCAGAGGAGGCCCGGGGAAGUCGUGACAGGCCCUGCCCCUGAUUACGUGCAUGGGCAGGUGUUUAGAGGCACAGGGUGA